UGGCGUCGAGUGGCGUGGCGACUGAGGGCGGAGGGGGUCAAGGGGAUUGUCCGUUCGUGUUUUGUGUGUGUGUGUGUGUGUGUGUGCGUGUGUGUUGUGUGUGUGCGCUUGAGUGCGCGUGUUUGCGUGCGUGUGCGUGUGCGUGUGCGUGCGUGUGCGUGCGUGUGCGUGUGCUGAUCGCCGCCACUCCAGAUGCCCUUGGCAGAGGUGAGUAAGUUUCCGACGCGGCGUGUUAUCUAAACUUCUUGUGUACUCGAGAAAAGUCUAUGGCACAGAGUGUCAUGGCUUGAGAAUCUUAAGCAAGGUGCGCAUUUCAGGAAGAAGGGGUUUCAGCCCCCGAGCCUGGCCGUUGAGCGGAAAAGCUGGAGGACGGGGUUGGACAAAAGGCGAAGGGAUAACGACAGUGAGGAGGUUUGCCUACUACGCAGUCUCCCCGUCGUCAUACGAUCGCUCGCAGAGUGGAGACUAUUCGUCCAGACAAUUAGGAGGUUGCUUGUUUAUUCCCCGUCGUCAAUGGAGCCAUGGCGAUGACGCGCUCUCAGAGAUUCUCUGUCAGUUAGCGAUGCUGGCAGAUGAUGGCGGUCAUUCGAUAACGGACGCGAUACCGCGAAUAAGAAGGUGGUCUACUGUUGGGGUGUUAGGCGAGACAGUGAGGGAGAGGAUGCGGAAUCCGGGCUAGGAGGAGGAGGGUACGACGGAAAAGAAGAGACUUAUGUGUGGGCUAUUGAGGAGGAGGAGGCGGAAUUGGGGGAAACGGGAGGGUAUUUAUGGACAGGAACCGGGCGUUUCAUGGAUGCCAAUAGCGGUAAAUCGUCUAGACGAUUCGAGCAAUCCGCGCUUUGAUUUUAUGGACAGGAGGCGGCGUCACGACUACCGGCGGAAAGAAGAAAAAGAGGAGUGGGAAUGGCGUGCGCUUGCGGACGGGGUGUUCUCUGGCCUAUGAAGGAACGUGAAGGUGCACGAAAGCAUGGUUUGGCGAUUUGAAUGUCAUCAUUUUCUGGCGUAACGACCCUCUCUCGCCGGUUUCUAGAUAUGAAAUAAAGCCGGACACUGGGCCCGGGUUGGGCGCCCAUAGAAACUGCCCACUCAACCGCAGCAAAAUUGGUACCGCAGCAAAAUUGGUGGUACGAGAGGACUUAGAGCUCCCGUCGCUAUCCAUUGUCCAUACAUCCAUGAGCUCAUCCAUUCAUCCAUUUAUCCAUCCAUAGAUCUCUCUCGAGCUAUUCAUCAAUCGUAUCUACCCCUCUCUUCUCUCUCUCUCUCUCCUCUCUCUCUCCCUCUCUCUCUCUCUCUCUCUUCAGCCGUUCCCUCUCUUUCACUGCGUGACGUCGUUUAUCACACAUUCUGUCUACAUUUCAUCCCAUCAAUCAAUCAAUCGACCGAUCGCGGGAGAGGCCUGCUGGGUGGAGUCGAGGGCGGUGAUUCGGCGGCCGGAGGUGGGAAGGAAUCGGGGGAGGAUCAAGAAUAGGUGAUAGGUAAACUAGUUAAGAGCUGGGGGGUGGAGAGUAGGCAAGGGGGGGGGGGGUCAAUAUAGGUUUCGGUGGAGGCUGUUAAGGAUGCAGACCAUCAGCUCAGGCGCUCCGGCUUUGGCGGGAGGCGUUGCCAGUGGCAGUCCGGUCGUCGGCGGAGUACCGGUCCAUCAUGCGGACCGUUCGGCAGCGGCAGCGGCAUCUCUCGCGGCAAAUGGCAUCAUUCCUGCUGCCCCUGCAGGGCCUUCUCCCUUCGUAGCGACUCCAGGAGUGCCCGUUCUCGUGGACCAGCCUCCGCAGCAGUCCACAUCUCCUCUCGCGGCAGCUCCCACACUUGGAAUUCAGUCCGGCCCAUUCUUAACCGCCGGCAUUGUACCUGCUUCUACUCAAAUAUUCGGCACUGCGCCGGGACGCGCUAGAGGGUUGGAAGACCAGCAACAGCAAGUCGCACCUGCAACAGGCAUUGCAGCUCAGAGUGAAUACCUUAUUCCUUCAAUCCACCUGGAGCUGGGAUCCUCCCUGCAAAGGCCAGCGUAUCCAUAUGACCCCUACUAUGAGGAAGAGAGGAAUUGGCGGGAGGAGAUCGCGGGAGGAGAUGGCGGAAGGAGGCGGAUUGGAGGAGGCGGAGGGGAGGUGGCGGAGGCGGGGGAGGAAAGAGAGCAUCUGGCGGGGGGAGGCAGAGGGGAGGUGGGCGGAGGCCGAGGACGGGGCGGUGGCGCAGGCCGACGAAUCUCAAACACCACACCUGAGAUUCCACAUAUGUUAGGUAUGCAGCAGGCACGAGUUCCCCUCCCCUCAGAACUGAUGGAAGAGGAGCCAGUUUAUGUCAAUGCAAAGCAGUAUCAUGGAAUUUUAAGGCGGCGGCAGUGUCGAGCAAAGCUAGAGGCUGAGAAUCAGCUCUUGAAGACUAGGAAGCCCUACCUACAUGAGUCUCGUCAUUUGCAUGCGCUCAGACGAGCUCGUGGCUGUGGUGGCCGGUUUCUGAACACCAAGGCCCAGGAUACGCGAAAGCAGGCUGACGGCCAAGAUCUUCCUCAACAGCAGCAACAGCAGGAUCAACAGCUAGAGCAGCAAGAGGAGGGGAGGCAGUCGCAGUCUCCCAGGCGGCGAUCGAUGUCAGAACAGCAGCAGUCAGAAGAUGAGGGCCAGCAGCAUCAAGAGAAGUCCGCGGGGUUCAACGAUCGCAGUCGUUUGUUGCAGAGGGCAUCUGAAGAUGGCCUCCCUGCAGAGCCACAAGGAAAUGCUGAGGACAGUGACUGUAGAAGCCACGAAUCAAGAGACGGACAGGGAGGACAUCAGCCAACAGCAGGCAGGCAAGGUAGGGAGUCUUGCAGUGGGGGAUUGUCAGGGGCAGAUGCCAGAGCGGGGGCAAGUGUGGGGGGGGGCUACCACCACCAGAGUGGAGUAAACCUCAACAGCAGAACAGGGAUGGGUCUGGGAAGUGGCGGUUCCAUCCUGGGCAUGUCAUCCGAAGAUGGUGGAGGCUAUUUUCACAGAAAUCAGAGUUUCCAUCCGUCCGCAUUUCGGCCUGUGACAGGAUCAGGUACGGACUCAGACAGAAAAGUGCCACCCAGCGGUGGUCUUGUCUCGAACCCAGGUCAAGCCACAGCAGUUGCCACACAUUGACAAGUCCAUGGUGCCUGAUCCCUCCUGGACGGACCACAUCUCUUGCUGGCUGGCAAAAGAAAGGUAUGUAAAGGUGUUGCGUUGGAUGUUUGUCAUAUUUGCUGCCUGCAAACCUCUACUGUAAAACAUGAUUUGCGAAGUGAUCGUCUCACUUUGUUUUUUUUCUUCCGAAGUUCUUUAAGUGGAUUGGUGUGCCACUGUUAGCUGGCAGGUAGUGCGAACAACUAACCUCGUCUGCCUCAUGGACAUUGCCUUGUGCACAAAGAACCGAGUGCACAGCUGUGCGUUUCUCUAAGUUUUCACUACCUUUUCGGUAGUGAAUUGCCUGAUAAUUUCUUUCUGUGCCGUAUCAGGAGCAGUGGUGGGUCAGAAGCAGUUCAACCAGAGGGAACGUAUCCACCCCUUCUUUUGCGCCAGGGGUCGAUCUCCUGUUUAGGUUGCGAGCUGGCAUGUCAUAACAGUGAUGUCUGCCUGACACGUAAGUCUAGCGUUUUGACUUUGACUGUAACCAUGCGGAUCUCUGCUUUAUUCUGCAACCAGUUUCUGAUGUCUUGAUCUCUCAGUUGCCUGCAUGCAAUCUGCCUUUGGCUGCUGUCAGCAUCACGAACUGCGCGUAAGCACAUUCAUCCUGUGUCUGCGUCCGUUGCCAACUUUGGCAGUGACACACCCAAUCUGGUAUUGAUGUCGGAAUUGGGGAGAGCCUUGCAGAUGAUGGUGGCUGUAUGGAACAGCCACACAAACAGGCCAUCUUGGGGCGAAUGGGGCCGGAGCAGAGCAGAGGAAACGCCAGAGAAACGGUAUGUGGUCUAGAAGUCGAUCCUGGUUAGGUGGGAGGAGGAGAAAACUGACCGCUGGAGAGGAAGGUAUGUUGUGGUGCACUCUUGUGUCCUGUCAACGUUAUGUGGUCUAGAAAUUAACCCUGGUUAGAUUUAGUGUCCAGGAAUUGGGUUUGUAGGUUUUAAAGCUGACCUUGCUGUACAUCGGUUACAGGUGGAGGUUUCAUGUGCCAGCAUUAUUUCCUCCACGCAGUUCUCUGCAAGGCUGUGUAAGCUGUACGGCAAGAUACCCUCCAUUCCAAGUGCAUGUGACAAGAUAAAAAGGUUGGACUCAAGCCUCGUUUGAGUAGAAGGAUGUUUCACGGUGAAUUUCUCCUUAGGUUGUACCAUGAAGACCAAGCACAUUCGCAACGGUCGUUGUCUGUUUGUUUCUUUCUGUUUGGUUGGCUGGUUGGUCGGUUGGUUGGUUGGUUGGUUGGUUGGUUGGUUGUUUUAUAUGUCAUUUCCAUAGCUACACAUCUGUUUGGUGGUUAGACUCAAUAGUCAGAGACUGCACGUCCCAAAGCAUGGGCAUGACCGUCAGGCAACUCUACUGAGUUUUUAGGGAAUGUAUUCUGUCUGUGCUUCAUUGUAUAUUCAGAGAGAGAGAGAGAGAGAGGGAGAGAGAGAGAGAGAGAGAGAGAGAGAGAGAGAGAGAGAGGUCCACUAUGCACAAUGUAUGGCUUGUCCGUUGACUCCAUUCAUGAAUUUCGGGUUUCAACACUUUCACUGAUCAGACAGGGAAUGGUCUGUGCAGCGCAUUGUUCUGGAGAAGAGGAAUCUGCUUUUGUGCAUGUCCAAUCCAAGAAUCACACACCCUACGGCAAAUUUUGGUGCUUGGACUUCUGAAAACUCAUGUCUGUUUUUACAGUGACAGCUGACCAGGGGCCGAGAGGGUAGUACCUCUCAAGGCAUUUUUUUGGAUCUGCUCUUCCAGUCCCCCAGGCCCCCAGAGGGUAGCUCUGAGGGCAUUUGUCCACUAGGGUUUCUGGGUGUGCAUUCGUGUUUGGGUGGGUGCCAGGGCACACUCUGUGAAGAUUGGCUGCAACAUGGUGGGUGGGUGUGCCUCCUGACUGAGUGACUUGCAUGGACUCGCAGGUCUUUCUCACCACUACUAUAGCGCCUCUGUUCUCUUGUGUUGCCUUGCCUUGGGUGGUGACAAAGAACCUGUUAGGUGUUGUUCUGUUGUCCAGACCUAUCUACAAACACUUGCCAGUUGCACUCCAGGUUUUGUAAAUACCUACAUGGAAUGGUUAUGCUGGCUUAUCAAGACGCAAGAUAUCCAGGCUGUAACAGAUGCCACGUUGUCAUGGCAUCCUUAUCUACUCGGGGUGAGCUGUGUACCCAGAAAAGUAUGUUUUUUUUAUUGGUUGGGAUGCCGACUUCAGCCUCGGUGAGUUGUUUGUGUGGCGAUUCUCUAGGUUUGUGGCAACAAUUUCUUUUUUCAAAUUCAAGAUUUGGGAAGUUUAUAUGCUGUGAAACGAUCUUGGCAGACAUCUGGAUGGUCAGCAUCAUCAGGAGACCAGUUACAUGAACGCCAGGGUGGCUGGGAUUAUGUCCAGGUUCAUCUGACUAUUGUGCUGAUAGUGGUGGUGGUCCAUUAUGGCGAAUA